AUGUCUGCGUCUCAAUCUGGCGAAUUUAGCAAACACAUCGCAACGGACGGUAGUGAAUCUCAGGUUCAGCCUCCACGUAGACUGCACAGCGGGUUUGAUGCGUUGACUCAAACGGACCCCAAGUCGUCUGGUGACGGGACGAUAGGGAAUACGCCUGACAGUAAGCAGUACGGUGAGGAACAAAUCGAACCACUUGACCUAAGUGUUCGACCCAAACCUCCUCCAGCUACUACUGGAGAAGCUUCAUCGGGCAAUGUUUGCUUUCUGCACGAUGAUUAA